AUGGCAGCCUCGACCGACAAGGACAAUUUGGCCCACCACGUCAACUCGGCAGACCACUCGCUGACUGACAGCACCGCCCUGGACCUGCCAAAGUCAUGGAAAUACCGUCGCUUCACCAUCGCCGGCUUCAAGUUGCCCUGGUUCGCCUCUCCCCCGACCCAGCUCGUCAUUGUCUCCUUCGUCUGCUUCAUGUGUCCCGGCAUGUUCAAUGCUCUCAACGGCAUGGGCGGCGGCGGCCAGCUGAAUCCCACUGCAAACAAUCGCGCAAACACGGCCCUGUACUCGACCUUUGCCGUCAUCGGCUUCUUCGCUGGCACCUUUACCAACAAGCUUGGCAUCCGCACUUCCCUGUCCUUUGGCGGCAUUGGCUACUCCAUCUACGUGGGCUCCUACCUCUGCUACAACCACACCCAGAAUCUCGGUUUCACCACUUUUGCUGGUGCCCUGCUUGGUGUAUGCGCUGGUCUGCUGUGGUGCGCCCAGGGUGCGAUUAUGAUGUCGUACCCACCCGAGGCUUCCAAGGGUCGCUACAUCUCGUGGUUCUGGAUGAUCUUCAACUUGGGCGCUGUAAUUGGUAGUUUGAUUCCCUUGGGCCAGAACAUCCACACCAAAACUGCUGGAACUGUGAAUGAUGGUACCUAUGUCGGCUUCCUGGUGCUCACCAUCAUCGGUGCCGCUCUCUCAUGGUCCCUGGUUGAUGCACGAGAUGUCAUCCGUGACGAUGGAUCCAAGGUCAUUGUCAUGAAGCACCCCUCAUGGAAGUCGGAGAUUACCGGUCUAUGGCAGACUUUCUUCACGGACCCGUACAUUGUCCUUCUUUUCCCCAUGUUCUUGGCCUCCAACUGGUUCUACACAUAUCACUUCACCGAAAUUAACGCUGCCUACUUCAACGUUCGCACACGAGCUUUGAAUGGUGUUGUCUACUACAUCAUGCAGAUCAUCGGCGCUUACAUCUUUGGCUAUGCACUUGACGUCAACGGCGUCCGCCGAACAACCCGAGCCAAAGCCGCAUGGGCUGCGCUCUUCAUCUGCGUCAUGGUCAUCUGGGGCUUUGGAUACAUGUUCCAGAAGACUUACGACCGCGCCUGGGCUGAAAAUGAGAAGAACAUGAAGAAGGAUUGGUCUGAUGCAGGCUAUGCUGGUCCCUUUGUUCUCUACAUGUUCUACGGCUUCUUUGAUGCUGCUUGGCAGACGUGUGUUUACUGGUUCAUGGGAGCUUUGACCAACAACAGCCGCAAGCUUGCCAACUUUGCAGGUUUCUACAAGGGAAUCCAAUCUGCCGGAGGUGCCAUCACCUGGCGUUUGGAUGAUUUGAAGAUCUCAUACAUGACCAUGUUUGCCUCAAACUGGGGACUCCUCGCCGGUAGUCUGUUGGUGGCCCUCCCUGUGAUCCUUUGGAAGGUUGAGGACACUACUGCGGUUGAGAAGGACCUCGACUUUACAGACGAGACAGUCGCCGAUGUCUUGCCUCAUGCGCACACUGAGUCUGCACACAUUGAGCCAGAAAAGGUUUAAUCUAGCUGUACACAGCAUGCUUAUGACUGGGGGAGAGGGGGUUAACGGGUAACGACGGGGAUUGGCGUUUGAAACUUGUUUCUUUAUGAUACCUGAAACGGAGUUGCAUUGUGUGGUUCCUCUGGUAUAUCGUUUUGCAGUCCUAGUGCCGACUUUGCAUAUGCGCCGUCCUUCAUGCGUCUAUGAGUUUCGCAUGACAUCACCUUUUUUUUCUCGAAUGUACAUAUGAUAGCAUAGCAAGAUAGGAACAAUUUAAGGAGUGGGGCAUGGUAGAUUUACCAACACACGUGUGGUGAUG